AGAGCACGGGAGGGCUAAGGAGGCCUUCAGAUUUCUCUGUCCAACCAUCAUCUUCUCCUCCUUGUCCCCCCACCCAAAAAAAAGAGAAAAAAAAAAAGAAAAAAAAAAAAUCUUCUGCUUGUGUUCUCAAAAUCAUCAGGCCACCAUUCCUCUCGAAAGAGGUGGUCUCCAAUGGCCUGCACCUCCCAGUCCAUAAUAUCUGCCAGCACCUGCGUGUUUCCCUCCAAGAGGAUUCUAAGAGACUCCCCGAGGAUUGUCAAGUGGAACACGAGGCUCUUUACUGUGAACGCUUCCACCGGCUCAGACGAAUCUGACUGCAAUGUCGAAGAGUGUGCUCCGGAUAAGGAGGUUGGAAAGGUCAGCAUGGAAUGGUUAGCUGGGGAAAAAACAAAGGUAGUCGGGACUUUCCCUCCUCGGAAACAGGGUUGGACUGGUUAUGUUGAGAAAGAUACGGCUGGACAAACAAAUAUAUACUCAGUUGAGCCCUCAGUUUACGUGGCGGAGAGUGCAAUAAGCUCAGGGAGUGCAGGCAGAUCAGCAGAGGGAGCUGAGAAUACUGCAGCCAUUUUUGCUGGCUUGGCCCUUGUAUCGAUUGCUGCAGCCUCUUCCAUUCUUCUCCAGGUUGGUAAGAACCAACCACAAGUUCAGAGCAUAGACUACUCUGGGCCACCUCUAAGUUACUACAUCAACAAAUUCAAGCCAGUCAGUAUUGUUGAAGCUUCAGUCCCCGCCGAAACUUCUCCCAAUUUAGAAGCCUCAGUGCCUUCUGAAUCUUCGAGUUAUUUGACCAUGGAAGCUUUGGUCCCCCCCUGAACCUCAAGUUGCUUCAAGUAUGCAAUCAUAAAGCAAUUCUAAUGUGUGUGAAGUUCCAAGACGAGCAAAAGGAACAUGCAGGCUUUCCAACUGCAAGUAUUAGCAAUGUUUCUUGAGCAUUGCCUCAGCCUAAAUUGCUGAGAAUUUAAUUACAACGAAUUUUGUAGCACUAAAUUGUAUUUGAGAUAUGGUUUGGCAUACACGAGACCAAAUCUGUGAUUAAUGCAAGUGCUUUCAUAUAAUUCAUCUUCUA